CUGGUCCGAGAGCUGUGGCGCGAUACACCCUGGCAACGAACGCUAUGUGCAUACAAACAAAUUCAUGUAAAAAUCAAUCAGUAGAGCCUUUUCCUCUUGUCUUGGAUCUAACAUCUGUAGGGCAUUAUCUGUUCUCUUCACCUCUACAUACAGAAGCAGACGUUUAGGAGAACAUGCCUCGUAGACGACAGAGACCCAUGGCUGGGAGUGGAUCAGACGGAACUGAGGACUCUGACUCCUCGGCUGAAAGAGAACAGACCAACAGCUCAGAGAGUGAUGGAAACAUGCCCAAAAGACAACGCCUCACCAGGGCUUCUACCCGCCUUAGCCAAAGCUCUCAGGAUACACCAGACUUGAAGCGAGCUGCAGACCACGAUGAAUCUCCGCCCCUCACACCUACAGGAAAUGCGCCCUCCUCUGAAUCCGAGCUGGACGUUUCCAGCCCCAAUGCUUCUCAUGACGAGAGUCAGUCUAAAGAUCAGGCUAACAGAGACUCUGAUAAAGACCUCUCCCAUCGACCCAAGCGCCGCCGUUGUCACGAAACCUACAACUUCAACAUGAAAUGUCCAACACCUGGGUGUAACUCCCUUGGCCACCUUACAGGGAAACACGAACGGCAUUUUGCUAUAUCAGGGUGUCCUCUUUACCACAAUCUUUCUGCGGACGAGUGCAAGGUGAAAGCCAUCAGCCGUGAGAAACACGAAGAGGACGCUAAAGUCCCAGAAGAGAACAACACUCGCCAUGCGACUCGUCACCAGACACCAACACCGAAACAGAGCAGAUAUAAGGAGCAGGUGGCAGAGAUGAGGAAGGGACGAAACUCUGGCCUGCAGAAAGAGCAGAAAGAAAAGCACAUGGAACACCGGCAGACAUACAGCAACACCAGAGAGCCUCUGCUCGAGAACAUCACCAGCGACUAUGACCUGGAGCUGUUCAGAAAAGCCCAAGCCCGUGCGUCUGAAGAUCUGGAGAAGCUGCGUAUCCAGGGUCAGAUCACCGAGGGCAGCAAUAUGAUCAAGACCAUCGUGUUUGGCCGCUAUGAGCUGGACACCUGGUACCACUCGCCCUAUCCUGAGGAAUACGCUCGUCUCGGUCGUUUAUACGUCUGCGAGUUCUGUCUCAAGUACAUGAAGAGUCAGACCAUUCUCAGAAGACACAUGGCUAAGUGUGUGUGGAAGCACCCCCCAGGAGACGAGGUGUACAGAAAAGGCUCUAUAUCAGUGUUUGAAGUUGAUGGCAAAAAAAAUAAGAUUUACUGCCAGAACUUGUGUUUACUUGCCAAACUUUUCCUGGACCACAAAACUCUUUAUUACGACGUGGAGCCUUUCCUGUUCUACGUCAUGACCGAGGCUGACAACACCGGCUGCCAUUUAGUGGGAUAUUUUUCCAAGGAGAAGAACUCUUUCCUGAACUAUAAUGUAUCUUGUAUCCUGACAAUGCCACAGUACAUGAGACAGGGCUUUGGCAAGAUGCUCAUUGACUUCAGUUAUCUGCUGUCCAAAGUGGAGGAGAAAGUGGGCUCGCCGGAACGACCGUUGUCUGACCUGGGCCUCAUCAGCUACCGCAGCUACUGGAAGGAAGUGUUACUCAGAUACAUGUACAACUUUCAGGGCAAGGAGAUCUCCAUCAAAGAGAUCAGUCAGGAAACUGCAGUCAAUCCGGUGGACAUUGUGAGCACCCUGCAGUCUCUACAGAUGCUGAAGUAUUGGAAAGGAAAGCAUUUAGUACUAAAGCGACAGGACCUGAUUGAUGAGUGGAAAGCGAAGGAGAUCAAACGAGGGAACAGCAACAAAACCAUCGACCCCAGCUCGCUCAAAUGGACCCCCCCCAAAGGAACAUGAGCACAAAAUCCUCAGGCUACUUAAAAAACUCACCUUCAGCCUAACAAGCCACAAGUAGCCUAGACCUCUGACUCUUCAAUAAAGAUCAGUGUUUCAUUUAUUUCACAAUUUUAUUCUGUUGAUUUGUGUAUACUUUUAAAUUUUAUUUUAUACUUUGAUAUUUUACUUCUUUUUAUGUUUUCAAGAUCGUGUUCCAGGUCAGGUGAAUCCGGUCAUUGUCAAACACCUCCAGAAUUUGUCUCGUUUUAAAACGCCUUCUGUGCGAUUCGUUGUGAAAGUGAAAUGAUCGGUCCAGUUUGGAGGAUUACAUGAAUGUUUGGCUUGAAUGCUCACUGACAUUCAGCAGCAUUUUCAGGUUUAUUAUAUUUCAAACACGUCCGGUGCGUGCUGACGAUGGUAGAUGUUCCUGUUUGGGGUCAACACAGCUGUUCGCACAAACAGAAACUACGCAGGGUAUAUUUUAGAGAACUUGUCUUUGGUUGGUGUAAAAAUUGUAUAGAUUAUUUUUUUCCUUUAUUUGUAGCUCUUGAUUAGGACAAGAUUUGUACCCAUUCUUCUGGUAAACCUGCCAAAUAAGAAAAUAAACUCAGAUGUGUUGAAUUAGAAGACGACAUGACUGUAGUGACGCACAUGAAGAGAACACGAGCUCAGGUUUCCACACAGAUACAAUCGUACCCUGCUUGUACGGAUCCUCUGCAUCCUGGAUCUCACUGGUUGCAGAUGGAGCCACUCCGGUUAACAAAUCUGUAAUAAACAAACAAACAAAAAAAAAAACAUCAGACCCGGCCGGUUUUUGCCUUGUGAAUC